GUAGGGAGUUGAAUGUCGUCGAGUCCUUCGACAAGCAUCGCCAUGACACCCGAGAAGCACAUGCGCUUAGCGAAACCCUUUCCACCUUGUGCGAGAUCGUUGCGGCAUCAUGACAGUCAAACGUGGAUCGACGAUGCACCCAAGGACGACUUCGAGGACGACCCAUGGACGACCGCCGUCCCUUACAUGAACCGGCAUCUCGACGAAUGGAACGAAAAUGACAGGAAGGCGAUAGAGCGUUCCUGCCCAUGGGCAAGCCAUAACAUGUUUGCCGACAUGUUGGAGUUCGGGAGCCUCAUUGCACUGCCUGCUGGUGUCCUCCAUCGAAAGACCCUGGACGAUAAGGGUACACCGGUCCGCUUCCGUACCAGCUUCAGACGUCGCCUCCACUGCGAGUAUAUCACAUCUUCGCCACGAACUUGGGGGAGUUCGCAGAAGCAAGAGUUGGUGGACUGCGCUCGUCAUUGUUCAUUCUUGGAACACUACCCAUCCCGUUGCGCAGGGACUUCUCCACAAGCUCUGUCGUACUGUUGUGUGCGGUUGACGGAUGACAAGUGUCCUUUCGCCAGAGUGUUAUGUGUGGCUUCUUCAAGCAAAAGCAGGAAACUUGUGGAUGCAGUUGUGCUUGUGUCACGCAACGAGAUGGUUCUUCAGGGAUCCAGGUUCAAGGCAGUCAUGUUUCGCCCAGAUGUAGAUGGGCGGUCAGACUUGGUUCUCCUGACGGAUUACCUAAGGUGCCUACCUGCAGAGGUAAGGACCAAGCUGGUUGAUGAGGCCUAUGUCGAACAACACACCUUCGUAACUUUUAGUAAGAAAGCUCUGGACAUAGAGGUAAAGCUGGGAUCCGCGCAUCAGGAAUCUCAUGAUGGUAGGAAGAGACUUCCCCAGGACUGGAAGAAGAAGGGUCAGUUGAUGUUCGUGGAUCAUGAUGGCCAAACGACGAAGAUUGACGAUUUUCCAGACCUUGGGGAGGUGACAGAGCAUGAUGGGGCUAGUGAGACUUCGGAUGGGGGAGUCUUGGCACCCAUCAAGGAAAAGGUUAGGGGGAUCGGGAAGAAGAAGGUAGUACGGUCCACGGGUCAGGGCGACAAAGGAACACCCACAUGGGUAAAACUUAGUUUAGAGUAUGAGGUGUGGAGGGACCGAGUUGCCAGGGGCACGUGCAUGAACUGUGGCAAUUAUGACCACACGUCUCGAACGUGCCGAGGCAAGAAAGUCUUGACGAGGGUAGCCUCACCAACGAUGGUGGGACUUUCUUCGAACUCUGGCGGUGCAUCUGCUAUCACUUCGCAGGGAAACACAUUUGAAUUCCAGAAGAAGCAGAGCACAGUGAGAACGGGGACGAGGAUGGCGGCGACCGUAGAUGACAUGUUGAGGCUGGAGAUGCCUGCGGACGAGAAGCGCAUCAUUGCAGAGUACAUCUGGGUUGGAGGGAGCGGUCUUGACCUCAGGAGCAAGCCCCGCACUCUGCCUGGUCCCGUCAAGUCGCUGUCUGAGCUUCCCAAGUGGAACUACGAUGGCUCCAGCACGGGCCAGGCUCCCGGCGAGGACAGCGAGGUGAUUCUCUAUCCGCAGGCCAUCUUCAGGGAUCCCUUCCGAGGCGGGGACAACAUCCUUGUGAUGUGCGACUGCUACACUCCUCAGGGCGAGCCCAUUCCCACCAACACUCGCUACGCUGCCAACAAGCUGUUCCAGCAGGCGCUGGAGACGGAGCCGUGGUUCGGCCUGGAGCAAGAAUACACUUUGCUGGAGAAGGAGCACAAGUGGCCGCUGGGCUGGCCCGUCAAUGGCUACCCCGGCGCGCAGGGCCCGUACUACUGCGGCGUGGGUGCUGACAAGGCGUGGGGGAGGCGCAUCGUGGACGCCCACUACAGGGCCUGCGUGUACGCCGGCAUCACGAUCAGCGGGACCAACGGCGAGGUGAUGCCGGGGCAGUGGGAGUUCCAGGUGGGGCCGGCCGUCGGGAUCGCGGCCGGGGACGAGCUGUGGGUGGCGCGGUACUUGCUGGAGCGGAUUACUGAGAUGGAGGGGGWKAUUCUGUCCCUGGACCCGAAGCCCGUGCAAGGCGACUGGAACGGUGCCGGGUGCCACUGCAACUUCAGCACCAAGGCGAUGAGGGAGGACGGCGGAUGGGAGGUGAUCAUGGAGGGCGUGAAGAAUCUGGAGCUGAGGCACAAGGAACACAUCAAGGCCUACGGCGAGGGCAACGAGCGGCGGCUCACGGGCCGCCACGAGACGGCCAGCAUGGACCGGUUCUCGUGGGCCGUUGCGAGCAGAGGGACGUCCGUGAGGAUCGGAAGAGACACGGAGGCGAAGAAGAAGGGGUACAUGGAGGACCGCCGCCCGGCGUCCAACAUGGACCCGUACGUCGUCACCUCCCUCGUCUUCGACACCACCACGCUCUGGAAGCCAUUAUAGAAUGAGGUAUAUACAGUUACAUAGUGUUUUUGUAUGCAUGUACGCCAUCCCGCAUUCGGGUAAUUGUACUACUUGCAAGACUGUUUGUAGUUCGAUUGUCUGGUAGAUCGGUUCUGCGUAAGUUAUAGUGUACUGCGGUCCUUGCCCUUCGUCUUAGCAGCUUGAAGGGUGAAUUAUUUAAAUUACAAUGAUGCAUUCAUGAGAUAAUGUAGAUAUAUCUAGUCAGUACAUCCCAUUCAGAGCCGGUUCCGAUAGUUGAUUGUCUUCGAAUUGUUCUUUGGUUGAGAGAGAGAGAGAGAGAGAGAGAGAGAGAGAGAGAGAGAGAGAGAGAGAGAGAGAGAGAGACGUGUAGUUGAGGAAUGAAUAGUGCAAUCGUUU